UCGGUCUAAUAGUCUGUUAAUUUAUAUCCAACUUUGUCGAUUGUGUGUUUUUGUGAUCAAAAUGGGUUACACUCUGCCUGUGUUGGAGAAAUGUUGUUGUUGUUUUAGUGUAAGAGUCGGUGCUUUGAUCAUCGGCUAUUUGUCUAUGUUCAACUCCUUAAUGUCAAUUGCUACGGUCGCCACCAGCAUCGCAUGGCUCGCUAAGUUCGUGCAGUCAGAGAAGCACAAUCCCAACCCUCAGCACCCCCCAGAGCAGCUGGCGGCAGGGGCCUUGGGUAUCUACAUCACCAGUGGGAUCUACCUGGUCUUGUACUUGUAUUACUUCGUCAUCAGCUUACUGGUCAUCGUCGGCGUGCAUAGGAAUAAACCCCAUCUGAUGACGUACUACGUGAACACAGUAUUGUUCAUGUUGGUUGUGGUGGCCGCGCUCAUUGUCGUAACUGUCGUCUUCAUGGGCGUCAUCGCUGCGAUACCGUUACUCUUCUCUAGUGUAAUUGUGUUCUACUGCCUCCUAGUGGUCCGGAGCGCAUAUCUCGAGAUGGUGGAACAGAACCGACCGAAAGUGUACGAAAUGCAUACCAUGACUACUCAACAAGCACCGCUUAUGGCGUAGCUCAUGGGAGUUAGUUAGAGUUAGUCA